CUAUUACAUAGUCUACCCAAAUUUGCAGUACGGCUGUGCAGACACACUAUAUUGUCACUCCUCUUUGACCUUCUUGGUCAAUCGCAGCAAACAAUUCCACACGCACUCGACUCCACACUUUGUCUCGACAAUAAACCUCUUUCAACACACGCAAAGGCCCAAUCCGUGCCACAAUUCAGAUCCGAAAUACCAUUACAAUAUCCAGAAAAAUGUCAAUGGACACUCCAGACCAGCACCAACCCCACCUCUCGGCCUCCCAACCCUCAGCACCAUCUCCUACAGAAACACUCACCCCGCUCGAACAAGAAGUCCUCGAUGAAUAUGCGCGGUUGCUUGGGAAUCUGAAUAACAUGUCAACCCUUCUCUCCUCACUCGCCGCAAACCCAUCUGCCGAGGUCCUGGACGCGCUAAGGGGACUAGAACGGAAAACGAGUCUCGUGUUUACGCUGCUAAAGGCGAGUGUGUAUAGUAUUGUGUUGAAUCAACAGAUUCAGGAUCAGGAGCCUGAGGGGGAGAGUUUGGGGCAGAGUCGGGGGAAUGAUGGGGGUUUUUGAGAGAUAGUGUGUUGCAUGAGUUGAAUGGGAAAUGCCGUCCGUGUUUG